UUGAGGCCGCAACCAUGGGAGCCAGCGAGUCUAAACCGUCGUCCGGUACAUCCCCCUACUUGUGGAAGAGUUCCACACCCACAAGCGUCUCUCACGAUCUAGCCGAAUCCCUACAAAACAGCCAUGAGACCGAUACCUCUCGUGCGCAGCUCACCGAGAUCCAAAUCCAGGCCCGCGUAGCCGAUGCGUUAAAAGAGCUCGAAGGAAAGAGCACCGAUGCGCUGAAGAAGAAGAUUGCGACGGUGGGCGAGGAGGUACAGCCUCCCGCAGACGGCCCGAGCCGCCAGUCAGUCACCCGCGAGAUCGAGUCGCUGCGCAGCAAGCUGGAGGAGCGGCGUAAGGUCCGCGACCUCCCCGAAGGCGUGGAGAACGCGAGGAAUGAGGUUGUCCGGUGCCUGCGGGAGAACGACCGGCGGCCGCUUGACUGCUGGCAGGAGGUGGAGGCGUUCAAGCGGGAGGUGAAGAACUGGGAGAAGGGGUGGGUGGAGAAGGUCAUCUCGUGAUGCCUGCUGUGAACUCGCGAGAUAACGUCUCCGCCGAUGACGAUGGGAAGGGGAGGGGGGGUGGUUGUGGCGUGACAGCCAGUAGACCUCCCUCGGUUUCUCCAUCUCAGGAGGGAAAUGACGCUUGGGGAAACGGCGAGUUGUUGUGUACGACAGAUACAUCAGCAACGGCAUGGAGCGGCGUGGGUAGGAUACAGCAGGAUAAGGGGCACAAAACCCCGCAUAUAGACUUGUGUGGCAGGCGAGGCGAAAAGGAUCCCUUUCUUAUAUGCCAUGGAGUAAAAUUUGGCUACCGAGUAUGUCAUUGUCCUCGUCCUCCGAAUUCGUUCCUCUCCUAUUAUCGCCAUGCUGUCCAGAGCCGGCGGCCGACAACUCCGCCCUCCGUCUUAGGCCCUCGGCCCUUUUUCUCUCCCUCCUUGCCGCGGCAUCCUCCCA